GAUACUCACGUGAAGUUUUGUCAAUGACAUGACAGCUGUGUGGAAAAUGCAGACUCAUUCAUCCGAAUAAACUUAAGUUGAGAAGACGUUCAUCAUGGCGUUCAAGAGCACCUUGUUUCUGAGCUUGAUAUUGUGUGUUGUGUCUUCAGAUGCGUUAAAUGACAGUCCGGUUAUUGGUGUUUUGUCUCAGAGCACUCCGUCCAAGAAGUACGGUGAUGCGUACAUUGCCGCCUCCUACGUUAAGUUUGUGGAGUCAGCCGGGGCAAGGGUGGUCCCCCUUCUCAUCGACCAGCCGGAUUCCUACUACGAAAAGAUGUUUGCUUCUCUCAAUGGAGUGUUGUUUCCAGGCGGUGGAAUGGACGACCCGAUUCAUUCACCAUAUGGAAAAGCAGGAAAGAUGUUCUAUGACCUAGCCAUCAAGAGUUAUGACGAAAGAGGAGACUACUUUCCUAUCUGGGGAACUUGCCUGGGUAUGGAGCUCUUAGUUCGGAUAACAGCUAACGAAGAUUUGCUGACAUCAACUGAUGCUUCAGAAGUAUCCUGGCCCCUCCAGCUAACAAAAGAUUUUAAAGACAGUCGGCUCUUCCAUGGAGCAGAGCAGUCUGUGGUGAGCAUCCUGUCAAAUGAAAAUGUGACGUACAACAGCCACAAUCUCGGACUGACACCUACCAAUUUUUCCAAGUCGUCAGCUCUUAAGUCGUUUUACCGAGUGCUGUCCACCAAUGUCGACAAGAAUGGGAAAGUCUUUAUCUCUACAAUAGAAGCAAUGUAUUACCCCAUUUACGGCGUCCAGUUUCAUCCGGAGAAGAACCCUUAUGAGUGGGAAUCCAAGAGUAUCAAUCAUUCAUACGAUGCUGUUAAAGCCACUCAGUUCUUUGCAGAUUUCUUCGUUUCAGAAGCUCGCAAGAGCUACCACUCCUUCAGCCCCGGGACUUUGGACAAGUACCUCAUCUACAACUACUGUCCUAUCUUCACCGAUUCGUACUUUGAACAGGGCUACUUCUUUAAUGUGUCAAGUACCUUAAGAGAAAAAUUAACCUAUUAGUGCCUGUACAACCCCAAACCACCCUGCCUGUCACUUUCUGUACCGCACAUUACACUAUCGUUUUCAGUGUUAGAGUCAAGUCCUCACAAGUCCAUCACAAGUCCUUGCAAGUCCUUGCAAGUCCUCACAAGUCCUCACCAUUCUUCACAAGUCCGCACAAGUUUUUGCAAGUCCUCUCAA